AUGCACACCUACUGGGUGCGGCUCAACGCCGUCUUCUUCUACGGGCUGAACGUGCUCUUGGGCCUGAGCGUCGCGGCCUGGUUUUCGUGUUUGCAGCAGGACCUGCACUUCAAGACGGAGCUCCCGCGGCCCGUCGUCGAGACGGUGCGCGUCAACGAGCUCUUGAGCCUCCGCGCGCACGGCGGCGUCGACCGCGCGCUGCUGAGCUUCGACCUCCAGGCGGACCUGACGCCGGCGUUCCACUGGAACCUGAAGCAGCUCUUCGUCUUCGUGCUCGCGGAGUACUACACGGAGUCGAACGUGCUCAACCAGGUCAUCCUCUGGGACAAGAUCGUCACGUCCGAGGAGGAGGCGCGGCUCGACGAGCGCAACGUCUACGUCAAGUACGCCCUCAUCGACCAGACCAACGAGCUCCGCAACACGUCCGUCAACUACCUCCUCGUCUGGGACCACAUGCCCGUGACGGGCCGCCUCUUCAUGGAGCGCGAGACGGGCUCCACGUCCAUGCUGCCCAAGGAGUACUUCUAG